UCAACGAACAUCCCUCGACUGCGAACCUCACAACAUAUUCAGAAGACGUCGACGAUUAUAUUCAUCGAUUAGCACGUUCAAGAACAAGCUCAUCAUCACAACCUACUCUUGCGGAAAAGACCAAAACUUUCGUAGGAUAUCUCUUUAAUCAAAAGUCAAGCAGUCUCGGAUCAUAUAGCCCAAAAUCAGACACACAGUCAGACGAACGCGCAGAAAGCGAAUACCUCGAAGCCGACCAAGAUAACAACAGAGACGGUAACGAUACAAUUACUACUACGCCUCCACUUACCCCUGGUCAUUCUGCUUUAGGAUACAACUUAGUAGAAGCGACUCACAGUGCUCAGCAAUUGUAUACGGCGACAAUAUCAACGCCGCAACCAGAAUCGUCUACCCCAAACAAGAAAAAUAAGGGUAAACAGAAGCAAGAGAUACCCGAAAUUUUGGUAGUAGCAGACAUCGACCCCGAACCAGUUACGCCAAUAAAGAAGGUUCAGAAACCAAAGGAAGCCAAACCACCAUCAUGGCUAGCUCAAUUAGAAGGAGCUAUGCUUGCUAAUGGUAUAGCAGCAGAUAAUCAUGCCAGACGUCUAGGCAUUGCAUCAUAUCAUAUGGGACCUUUUCAAAGUUGGCUAGCUAAUCAUCAACCAGCCAUAGUACAAUGGGAUAAUGCCAAUGCAAAUGCCCUAGGAUUCAAGCAACAUUUCAUUGCAAACUUCUUCAAUAAUGAAACUAAAGAAGAAGCCCUAACUAUUGCUGAAAGAAGGAUUCAGAAACCAGGAGAAUCCAUUGACAUGUACAUUGCAGCACUAAGGAAAAUUUGGCAAGAAUGUGACCCCAACGAAAUGACUGACUAUCAUAAGCUCAAGAAUUUCCUCA